AUGCCUACCUCCCCGCCUCGACGCACCUUCGAGAAAUCCCGCACCGUCCGCCGCCGCUACCAACGCAGCAACAAGCGCCUGAAAUUCAGCGCGUCCCAGAUUGCGCGCAUCGAACGAGAGGAGGAGCGCGAGCGCAAAGCCCAGACUCUCCGGGAGAAGGAGAAGAGGCGCGUCGCUAAUCGGAAAAAGAAGGUUGAGAAGGAGGCGAAGGCGCGGGAGGAGCGACGCCGGCUGGGGAUUCCUGAUCCGCAUGCUGCUACUGUGCCUUCUAGUCAGCCGCUUCUGUUUAACUUUUUGAAGAAGGGUGAUUCCGCGUCGGUGACUCCGGAGGCGGAGACGCCUGGUGAGGAGACGGAUCCUGGGGAGACUACGGAGGUUGUUGGGGAUAGUGAGUUUUCUGCCUUCGAGGAGGAGGAGGAGGAGGAGGAGGUGAAAGAGGAGGAGUUUGGUGAUGCGAAUGUGUUGUUUGAAGAUCAUGUUCAGGGAGAUACUCUGGAGACGGGGGGCGCGGGCGCAAAUGGAUCUACGGAACACGAGGGCAAUCGGGAAGGCCCCAGGACAGAGGCUAAGGAGGAGGAUGAGUUCUCCGACUGUUCCGUUUUCUACGAUGAGGAUAUCCUGAAAAGGGUAGAAAACGUGACCCCAGCGGGCGGCAUACCGCAGCAGGAGCAGGAGCAGCAGCCACAGCAACCUGGACGGCUCCCGAUCUCCCUACCCGGAGGGGAGUCAUUUUGUGACGAUACGGCUAUUUUACUCGAGGAGUUCAGCUAUGAGUUUGAUACCGACGAGGAGUUCGAGCGAGAAUUGGCCCAGCUGGAUGCGGUGUGA